AUGCUAACUCCGCCUCCCUCUAUGAGCUAAAAAAAAAUGUGUUUUCUCAUGGUAAAUUUUUUUUUUAAAAAAAUUCCCAUAUAACAAAAAUUGGAAAGCAAAAAUUUGCUAAUUUAUAAAUUUAUGUUUUAAAAUGCAAGCUGUUUAAAAUUCAGCAGGAUUGCUCGAGAUUUCAUUAUAUUAAUUAUCACUUAUAUAUCAUAUGCUUUUUCAUAAAAAAUUUCAUAUUAAAAUAUUUUUGUAGGCCCACUGAGAGUGGCUUUUUAUCCAAAAAAUAGGGACUUUUCUGAUGGUUUUGUCCGCUCACUGGGAGGGAGUAAGAAGAGUAGCAUCACUCAGCACUAAGGUUCUUACACCUCAGCCUGCUGCUUGGUUCUCGAGCAAGAUCAACAUCAACCAAGCUGCUGGGAUUCUCAGAGAAAAAGUGGCAAAAAUAACCCAAACAAACGACUUGAAUGAAUUUGGGACUGUAAUUUCAAUUGGAGACGGUAUUGCCAGAGUUUACGGACUGGGCAAGGUAAAAGCAGGAGAGAUGGUUGAGUUCCGAACAGGAGUCAAAGGAAUGGCUCUCAACUUGGAAAGCGACAAUGUCGGUGUUGUCGUGCUUGGAAAUGAUAGAGAAAUUCAAGAAGGAGACGUCGUCAAAAGAACUGGAACCAUUGUUGACGUCCCUGUAGGAGAAGAAUUGCUAGGAAGAGUUAUUGACUCUCUUGGCAACCCUAUUGAUGGGAAAUUAAUUAAUUAAGAAUUGAAGGUCUUCCAGAUUUGAUGCUUCCGCACACUUUCGACCACUGAUCUCUUGCCAGGAGUAGCAGCGGUUUUCCAAGCCCCGAUAGCAGCGAUUUCCUCGGAAACUAGGGCCUGCACUACUCUCUUGAGUCUUGACGGGUUAGAAAGACCCGUCCACUCAUUCGGCAGCUAUACAUCGUGCUAGGGUUAGAAUCAAAGGGCCUGAACCUUGUUUAGGUUAUAAAGCCACUUUGGCGCCCGCAGUGGUGAGUCGCAGUAAGGACACAUUUUGUCGCCACCACCAUAUUAAUUAUUUUAUGGGAAAGGCCCAGUCAAAACUAAAGCUAGAGCUAGAAUUGAACUUAAAGCUCCUGGGAUCAUCCCUAGAAAAUCAGUCCACGAACCAAUGCAAACUGGACUCAAGGCUGUUGACUCUUUAGUCCCUAUUGGAAGAGGUCAAAGAGAACUUAUCAUUGGAGACAGACAGACUGGAAAAACUGCAAUUGCCAUUCAAAGUUUUUUUAAAAAAAUUAAUUUUUUUUAUUAAUAGAAAAAAUAAAAAAAAUAAUUUAAUAGCCAUUGAUACUAUUAUUAACCAAAAGAGAAACUUUGAAGAUGAAACCAAAGCCAAAAACAGACUCUACUGUAUUUAUGUCGCUAUUGGACAAAAAAGAUCAACUGUAGCCAAUAUUGUUAGAAGUCUUACUCAGCAUGACGCUAUGAAAUACACAAUCAUUGUGGCUUCAACUGCUUCAGAAGCAGCACCACUGCAGUUCUUAGCACCUUACGCAGGAUGUGCCAUUGGUGAACACUUCAGAGAUAAUGGAAAGCAUGCCCUUAUUAUUUAUGAUGAUCUUACUCCCUCUUUUAUUGGAAUAAAAAAAUCUGUUCUAGUAUAAAUUUUUUUAUGGAUUUUUCUUAUCAAUUCAAAUUAUUAGCUUUGUUUAAAUAGUUUUCUACUUGCACCCUUCUAUUUAAAAUAAGUAAGUUCUGGAUAAUUUUGAUUUUGCUACACUAAAUUGGGUAUCAAAUUUAUUUGUAUAUAAAAUUAUUAUAAAACUUAUGUAAUUACCAAAACGGAAAUUUUAUCAUAUUUUGAUAGUAUUAAAAGGGGAGAUAGUAAACAAGCUGUUGCAUAUCGUCAAAUGUCUUUAUUGUUAAGAAGACCUCCAGGAAGAGAAGCAUACCCUGGUGAUGUCUUCUAUCUCCACUCAAGACUUCUAGAAAGAGCAGCAAAGAUGCACGCUAAAUACGGAGGUGGAUCUUUAACAGCUUUACCAGUCAUUGAAACUCAAGCUGGUGAUGUCUCAGCUUAUAUUCCUACCAAUGUCAUUUCCAUUACUGAUGGCCAAAUUUUCUUAAUCUUUUUCUCCAUAAUUUUUUUAAUUUUUAAAAAAUAAUUAUUUUUUUUAAUUUUUUUUUAAAAUUCAUUAUAAAAUAGUUAGAAACUGAGCUUUUCUAUAAAGGUAUUCGUCCAGCAAUCAACGUCGGUCUUUCAGUCAGCAGAGUAGGAAGUGCAGCACAAAUCAAAGCCAUGAAACAAGUUGCAGGUAGCUUGAAACUUGAGCUUGCCCAAUACAGAGAAGUCGCUGCAUUUGCACAAUUCGGGUCAGACUUAGAUGCAGCAACACAAAGACAGCUCAACAGAGGAGCCCAGCUAACUGAAUUAUUAAAGCAAAAACAAUACGUCCCAAUGGCUGCAGAAGAACAAGUUUGUGUGGUCUAUGCUGGUGUAAGAGGAUUCCUUGACAACGUUUUGACUUCAGAAAUCGCAAAAUUCGAAAAAGGAUUCUUAGAAACCUUACGAACAAGAAACCCAGACAUUUUGGCAGCUAUUAGAAAUGAAGGAGUUUUGUCGAAAGAAACUGACGAAAAACUUAAGGCAGUCCUGACAGAAUUCAUGCCAAGCGCAGGACUACAAAUGAAGUCCUAA